AUGCAACUGCACAGACCGAGCAAUCGGUUUUGGGGCGCUGUUGCGCUAUCCCUUCUCGUCUUGGGCCCACGCGAAUCCUUCUCCUUUCUGGGAGCGAAGCAGUUUGCCACGCAACUUCGACAAAUUAGUAGCCACCGACAGCGUGAAGGCGAUUAUACUAUUCAAAGGACUUCUACGAUUCGUCAACACCUCCAUCACAAGCCUUCCAUGACCCCCACUCAGGAAGAUGAAGCACCGUCGGUCCCCGAGAAUCGGCCGUGGGAACAGCGAGCAGCCAAACCCCGCACGGCACGACGAUUGAAUCACGCCUUCAAGUACCUUUACCGGCACGUGGAUCCGAAACGAACGAAUCAGACACUUAGUUCCGAAGAUCCUUUAUCCUAUCUUGUACACGAAGGCGGUUACACCCGUGAUCAAGUCAUUAUUAUGAAUCAGACAUUUCCACCUUUACUAUCUUUGUCGGUCUCUCGGCAACUGCGGCCCAAAAUGCGCUUUCUCAAGGAAACAUUGGGUCUUUUACAUCCAACUUCCAUUAAUCUACCGCCGCAGUAUUUCGGGGCCCGUUUGGAGCGAACGCUCGCACCACGGCACGCAUUCCUAGCCUUCCACAAGCUUCCUCACGGACCACAACUUUGGCAGGAGGACCCAGCGGCUGCUGCAGUUGUACACAACCAAACGACGACUGUACAGCCUUCCCGACUGUCAUCCUUUCUUGUUGCGGGUCGUAAAACAAAACGAUUUGCCGCUCUUUGUCAAAAAUGGCAACAAGAGAAAAUUAUGGAUUGUAACGAGGUUCAACAUCCACCAAUUACCGAUAAACAAAUUGAAGCAUUUGACGUCUUGUUUGGGCGUGGGCUCAUGGCGGCGGCUCGCAACGACCUUGUACAAUGGAACAAUACCUGGCCAUUGGAUUAUAUCAACGUGACUUCGGCUGAACUCACGCAGCUUUUGAUCGACCACGGAGCCCCGCCGUUGGAACGGGACCAUCGUGGUGCCACGUUGUUGCACUGGGCGGCCGGUGUUGGUAAUUUACCCGGCGUCCAGACGCUGUUGCCUCAUUUCCCCCAAGGCGUAAGGGUCACAACAAAACGGGACCACGCAACUCCCUUACACUGGGCGGCGGCUGGUGUCAAUGCCCGAGAAUUUGGGACUGGCGGGUCCGUCAAAGUUUGCCAAUGGUUACUCACCCAAAUAGAAACAAGUGAUGAGGUCAAACGCUACGUCAAUCAGCAAACACGGGAUGGAAAUUCGCCCCUCAUGUGGGCCAGUUGGUCGGGGACCCUAGAUACCGUGAAGCUUUUGGUGCGUCAUCGUGCGCAAGCGGUUGGUGUCGCCAAUAGGAACGGAUGUACGGUGGCGCAUUGGGCUGCCUCUGGUGGCAACGUCGAGGUAUGUCGUUAUUUGGCAAGAGUGGCCGGCGUGGACUUUUCCCAAGCCAAUAGUGGUGGCAAUACUCCUUUGACGCACGCAGUGGCGUUUGGACGCACAAAAGUCGUGGAAUGGUUGCGUAGCGAAGGUGUCGAGUGUCACAAUGAUAAUGCCGCUUACACUUUAGCGCAAGAUUUUGUGCAAUGGACGGAUGGAGAUCAUAGAAGAAAGCAAAUACUGCAGCUCUUUCAGGAAUAG